UACUUGAUCAACUUGCACAACAAGUUUAUCAAUUUGUUCGAAAACAAGGUGAAUUAAAUCGUUCAUUAAUAUUAAAUACAUAUGUCGAAGAAAGUCUUCUUAAUGAAUAUGUUAAUAAAAUCUAUGUUGGUGAUUUCGAAGAAAACAAAAUAAAAACAAAAGAAAUAAAUUCAAUGCAUAUUAUAUUAUAUAAAACAAUAGAUGAUAAUCCAUUUAAUCAUGAAGUUUCAAUUGAAGGAGAAAAACAAAAUUUAGGUUGUCGUUGGUCAUUACCUCAUUAUCAAUUUGAAUCUCUUUGGGAAACACUUGAAUUUGAUUUACCAUUAAAAUCUCAAUUAAUGCAAUAUGUUUUUACUGUAAUUAGAUUUGAUAAAGCUAAUAUUGAUAGAACUGUUAUUCAUUGUAAUCAAACAAUACUUUUAUAUGGACCACCUGGUUUGUUUUUAGUAUAUUCUGAUUAA